AUGUUGAUUCCUGCCUUUGUUGUAUGGGAUGCGGGAUGUCCCUUCUAUACCUAUGGAUCCAUCUUCAUUAUUGCAUUAAUUAUUUGGCAAGUGAAAAAGAGGCACCAAAAAUUAAAGUCGGAACCUAAUGAAACCUGUUGCCAGCAUCACGGAACAGUCAAACAAAAGUCUAAAGAUAGAACAUCAAAAGCUAAGAAAACUUCCCAGGAAGAAGCUGAGAAGCUGAGGAAGCUGCUCUCUGUCAUGAAAAGCCACGGCUGGCUUCCCCAGGUGGAAAGUAUACGGCGGCUCCUGUGUGCAGAUCCUGGCUGCCAAAUCUGCAAUUCUCUAGCUCUGGACAUUCAGCAAUUGCUGGAGUGUGACAACAACCAGAUCUCCCCUUCUUUAUUGGGGUCACUGCAGAGCUCUGCUUGCCUAGACACAUUGUCCACAUCAGGUGUGUCUUAUGAGCAGGAUUCCCUGGACUCCAGACAGUUUUCACAGGCAUCUGGCCCCAGUCUGUCACAAUUGGGUCAGAAACCUUUAAUUCAUUCAGCUAUCCAGUCAACUGAUACAGCCAGUGUCCACAAUGUCUGCCCUGACCACCUCCAGCAAAAGCAGAAAUCUCAAGUGCCAAAAAAGCCUCAGGAUGCAGGGGCUCUGUCUUCUUCAAGCCUUGAGGAGCCUAAGAUUCCUGUGAACCAGAAGGAGAGAAGGAAGCACAACUCUGCACUUGUCCCCAAGAACAAAGGAGCUCCAGAAAUUGACUUGGGAAAUACGAUGAAGCUCUAUUCGCACUGGAUUAACCCUGAAGUGAAAGCUCACAGGCAUGAGGAACCCAUUUCCCCAUCUAAGGCUGAGAAAGUGACCCGAUCCAGGACAAAAGAGGUUAAGAAGGGUCCAACCCACACCAAAGACCGCGUGGGAGGAGCUAGGUUGGAGAAGAAAACAGAGAACCCCAUGGCCCUGCCUCCCCCUACUGAGAAGGAGCACUUGUCUUUCCUUGAUGUCCUCAGUGCCUUCACCAACAGUUCCAGCAAGACGACCUUCAGUCCAGCCAACCUUAAGGACUGUGCCACUCAUAAAACUGCUCCAAAUUCUGUUGUCAACUGA